AUGGUUUUAAAAAUAGAAGAGUGGAGUGUUAAUGAUGUGGUCAAGAUACUACAAGGUUGUGAUAAACAUGAAUUCAUUGAUUUUGUUAAGGAGAAGGAGGUGGAUGGACGAAAAUUAUUGGAAAUUACAGAGGGAAUGAUAAAGUUAUGGCGUCCGAAAUCCAACGCUAAAGAUUUCAUAUUAUUUAUCGAAAACAUGAGAAAUGAUCCAAGUAAAUAUUUUAAAUAUUUAAGCGACGAUAUAGUCAUUAAAGAGACGAAUCUAACCGACAGUCAAUAUCAAACAGUGAUUGUGAGGAAAAUAAGUCAACAAGAUGGAAAUUUCAGCAGCGUUGAAGACAUAUUAAAGAAAAUAGUCGCACCAAAGAGCUUUCUGUACAGGAACAAAAACAAAACGUCGUCCUACGUGCCGAUGGACGGCGCGAAAAAACAAAAGAAGUUCUUUCGAUUAAGUUCGUACGAUUAUCCGAUAUUCGAUCUUAAGUCAAGGUUUUCGAAAGUUGACAACUGCGACAGAGGAUAUUACUCGAUUAAAACGAAAGGCUUACAAAGGCCUAAAAAAUCGGAUACACGGACCAAGUAUAAGUCUUUACCGACUCCAGAAAUAAACGAGAAUUACACAGAGGAUCAUUUAUAUGAAGAUUUAUGCUAUCCUGAUGUUGAAACUAAGAAAGAGGUUACGCAAAGCAAACCUAUGAGUAAAAUUCAAGAGUUAUUCCAGUCCUUUAGGUUUCCUUUCUUUAAGAAAUUAGAUGAAUCGGAAAGUAAGAAAGAAGCAAAGGAGGAGGUUGGUCACAUUUAUGAGAAUAACGAUAGCGUUGGUGAGAUGUAUGAUUCAGUACAUGUACAAAAAGAAGAGACGGGUGAUGAACAGAGGACCUUGGCAGUCGAGGACUACUUGGUACCGGUAAAUAUAGAGAAAGACUAUUGCGAUGUAUGUCUGAAACAGAAGGAGGAAUCUCUUCUUGGCUAUAUCAUGAAUUAUUUCGAAACGCGAUUUGGUAGACGAGUGUAUAACCUCGGUGUGAGGAUAGGGGAUAUCAUAGCUGACGUGUUUUAUAACACUUUUCAUUGCCUUAGUGAUGUUAUUGCAGAAACGAACGAAGCGCAGUCUGACAUUUCGGAAGUGGAGCCAUCUUGUGACGAUUCGAAAUGGGAACGCAAGCCCAACAUGGCGGCGCGGCCACUUCCGGUUCCAGUGGAAAAUGAGCCGUUUUACAUGAAUAUUGAUAGGCAGGAGGCGGAGAAUUUGUUGUUGGGACAGCCUGAUGGGACCUUUAUUUUAAGACCUUCCAGUCAGCCAAACCACGCAUAUACACUGAGCGUAUCCUGCGCAAACGCAGUUCAUAACGUUGGCGUACGUAGACGAUCGGAUGGGCGACUUGCUCUCGGCUUCGCAAGACGCGGCGAAAGGAGCUUUGCAACGGUGGCAUCACUGUUGCAGCAUCACAAAAAACGCCGUUUGUUACUUGUUGCCGGUGGCGACAUGAUAGGCGCAACUACACUUACAGAAACACCACAGUACUACCAGACACCUAAAAAUAUACCUAUAGGUUGUAAAGAGAUAUUUUAA